AUGAACGUGUGGUCUUCCGAAAACCAUUGUGUUUCAGCCUCCUUUGAGCUCCAAGGCCUCUCGCCUCACGGGAAAGCUCGUUCAUCUAUCCUUGAUCGACAGAAAGUGCAGAAUCAACCGACCCACCGAACUCACCAGGUUCAUUCAUUCAUUCUUAUUAUGCGGCUCAUGAUGUCUUGGUGCUCUUGCUUGGUCGUCGUCUUUCUACUUCAGGCAAGUCAUGGAACCAGCGGUUCGGCUUACAAUAUUACUGCAUCGGAGCCACUCUUUCCGAACCAAACUCUCGUGUCCUCUGGCCAAAUCUUCGAGCUUGGGUUCUUUACGCCAAACGGGUCAGAAAAUCAGUAUGUUGGGAUAUGGUACAAGAACUUGGCGCCUCCAAAAAUCGUGUGGGUGGCCAAUAGAGAAUUGCCGCUUGUGUACCCGGAUCAGUCCGCGAAAUUAAUGAUAGGCAGUGAUGGGAAUUUGAAGCUCGUGAAUGGAAAACAGAAUAUAUUUUGGUCUACCAAUGCCUCUCGUCGGUCCAAUUAUAGGUCAGCGGCGCUAUUAGAUAGUGGAAAUUUUGUACUGCAGGAUGCAAAUUAUAGUAAAAUAUGGGGAAGCUUCGAUGAUCCGACAGAUACUCUUCUUCCCGGCAUGAAGAUGGGAGUAAAUGCCAGGACUGGGGAGAAACUCUAUUUAAUUUCCUGGAGAAGCGACAGUGAUCCAUCCCCUGGAAGGUUCUUGACUGGGAUAACAUCGGAGACGCCACCUCAACCUUUCACUUGGAAUGGUUCCACCCCUUACUGGAGAGGCGGAUAA